AUGCGUACCUCCAGUCUCACUGCCUGCGCCAGUAUCUUACUGGCUGCACGCACCACUGUCGCGACCGUAGUGACCGACAAACCUGCGAUUGCCAAUGGCAAAUCUUUCGACUUCGUAAUCGUUGGCGCAGGCCUCUCUGGCCUUACCGUUGCAAACAAGCUCAGCGCAAGGAACUAUUCGACACUCGUCAUUGAGGCUGGCCCAGAUGGUCGUUGGAGCAAUGCCACCAAGUACGCCGAAGACUUGCCCUAUCCGCCCGUGUUCUGUAAUCGCAACUUGCCGCAGUAUGACGAGAACGGAACCAAGAUGUCGGAUACCAUUGCCGCGGGCGGCUGCAUCGGUGGCUCCACCUCUAUAAAUGGCAUGGUGUGGUACCGACCGACACGGGCCGAAAUUGACAAGCUGGAAGCCCUGGGGAACCCCGGUUGGAACUGGAAUACACUUGAGCCGCUUAUGGAAGCAAUUGAGCGUAACAUACCUCCGAAUGAGGAGCAAGUCAUGCAAGGCGCAUCCUACGAUUCUUAUGUUCAUGGCUACCACGGGCUCGUCAAUACCUCGUUUCCAAUUCCGAUGCGUAUACCGCAAGCUGUGCAAUUGUAUAAAAAGGCUCUCCCAGAAGCAUUCCCGGGGUUAAGCAUAGGAAAUGACUUAUCUAACCGCACGUCCGUCGUGUCUUCUUCUACAUCCUGGACAGUUUGGCCAGAGACGUCUACGGGGAAAACUCGCCGCUGUUCUGCAGCGGAUGCACUUCUCUGGGCACCCUCGCAGCAACGACAGAGGCUCACCGUGCUAGCAAACCACACUGUUACCAAUAUCCUCUUUGAUCAUGGUGUCAUUUUGGCUGCCGGUACAUUGGGCAGUACGCCGAUUUUGGAGAGAUCCGGAAUCGGCAGCGCGAAUAUUUUGGCUGCCGCCAAGGUACAGCAACUUGUUGAUCUGCCAGGAGUGGGCACCAAUCUCAAUGAUCAACCUGGAUCGGCCGUCUCCGCAUUGGUCUCAAAGCGCUAUCAAAAUAACACUUCCAUAAUUGAUGGCCGCAAUAUUUUUGGCCCGGAGAUUUCGCUGGUCAAUAUCGAUCAAAUCUGGGAAGCUAGCGCAUCGGCGAUGGUUGCGUCGCUUACGGAGGCUUCCAGUCUAAAAUCACGAGCUCAGUCUCUAGUGAACUCUGGUGCUGCAGUGAAUAUUGAAGGAGCCGAAAUGCUCUUGAACACGACGAUUGAGCUCAUUGUGAGGAACAGAUUGCCCGUCGCAGAGGUCGUCGCAGAAAGCUACCCAACAUCUCUCAAUGCCCCCUUCUGGCCGCUCAUGCCCUUGUCCAGAGGCCAUAUCCAUAUCGCUUCGCCCGAUCCUUUCCAGUAUGCAAUUAUCACUCCUCGCUUCUUGACCGAUGUUUUCGAUCAAGGGGUGGGGGUCGCUGUUGCCCGAAGAAUACGCAAUGUCUUUUCCAACAAGGCGUUUGAUGGUGUAGUCGAAAACGCCUACCAAUCUCCGCCAAUCGGCCCAAAUGCGACAGACUCAGAAUAUCUCAAGUGGUAUCGUGAAACCGCCGCUGGGGCGAGUCACUGGCUCGGAGCGACUGCUAUGCUGCCACGAGCGCUAGGCGGCGUGGUAGAUCCGCGUUUGCGUGUCUAUGGAACAAAAAACUUGCAUAUUGUCGACGCCGGCAUCCUGCCGUUCCCGCUGACUUCGCACACAAUGUCAACACUAUACGCAGUAGCACAAAGAGCAGCGCAAAUAAUUCUUGAGGAUUGUUAG